AGCGGCUGUGAAGCAGAAGAAGAGUGAGAGAGGGUAGAGAGAGUAAGCUUAAAAGAAGCUGAAUGGCAUUUUCGGCUCUCCACACCCAAAUCUCUGGAAAAUUCCUUCAGUUUUCAGGCUGCUGCAAAGGGAGGGAGGAAGACAGGGCUGAAGCCAGACGUUGAAUACUGGAUUUCGUCUUUCAUUUUCCAAUGUUGCAGCAGGAGAGGCAGACUGUAUAACCUUGGAAUGUGGGUUAGGAGGCUAUGUGUUGAACGGGGUGACUCGUAACGUUGUGGACUGGUUCAGUGUGAAGACAAAAAGAAACCACAGAUUUGCCACGACAAAAGAAGAUCCACGUGUCCUGGGAAAACUGACCUGUUUCCUGUUGAGAAGCAUCCAUUACUUCCUUCUCUUCUGUCACCCUGGGGAAGGCAACGCUCCUCCGAUCCCCCCGAUUUCCCCCUUCCUCUUCAUCAUCGUCACCAUCAUCGUCCUCGCCACCUCUGAACUCAGUUUCAGCAUCCCGUUGCACCCUGACCUCAGGUAUCAGGUGGAAAAGGUUUCGGCUUCCCGGGUCACCCAUCAUGCACAUCAAGACCACCAAGUGUAACCGCUUCUGCCUGGUCGCCUCAGUGACCAACCAGGAAGUGUUUAACUCUCCCGAAGCACAGGCCAGUUUUGAAGCCUUGUUUCGUUCAUUCGACCCGGAGGUACAGUUCCAGUACUUCAAGUCUUUUCGACGGGUCAGGAUCAGUUUCAGUGAUGCUCUGGCUGCAGCCGAGGCGAGACUCCGACUCCACAAGACUGACUUCAGUGGCAAAGAGAUGAGACUCUACUUUGCACAGUCGGUCCACAUAGGGAGUCCUCGACUGGAGCCCCCGAAGCCAGAGAAGCAGUUCCUGAUCUCACCCCCUGCCUCCCCUCCAGUCGGCUGGGAACAGUCUCAGGACGCAACGCCAGUCAUCAACUACGACCUCCUGUGUGCCAUCUCAAAGCUCGGACCAGGGGAGAAGUACGAGCUUCACACCGCCACACCCACCACACCCAGCGUGGUCGUCCACGUCUGUGAGGAUGAGCGUGGCGAUAGCUCGGCCCCAGACGACAGCGACCAAGAUGACAAGCCCCGCCAGCCGCGGCCGAAGAUCAUCCAGACGCGACGCCCCGACUACACGCCCGGCGUCGAGCAGUGAGCGGCGGCAAGCGGGGCACACAGUGUGACAGCUGUAACAUUUCAUCCUGAAGUGAUUGGUCAAGAGCUCAACACGCUCUCAGAGCUUUAGAGAAGGUUUAGGGACUUUGGGAAGGCACCUGAGGGUGCUGCGUUGUCCUGUAGAUGAGCGUUUCAUAAGAUGGAGAGAGAAACAUGGUGUCAAAUGCUGCAUUCAUGUCCCGUGGGAAAAGACAGGAAGUUCCUGGAAGGAAAAAAAAAAUGUUGAGUUCAGCCAUCCAAUGAUAUGUUCUGCUUGUGAAUAUGAGGUUUGAGGAUGACCUGAAGGAGGAGUCAGUUUUGAAGUGUAGGAAAUAAUGUAUACUAAUCUGUUGAUGUUAGUCUUUAAGUGCAAUAGCAAGAGACUUUGGAUUUUUGGUUUGAGGUGAUAAGACUUAAAAAAAAAAAAAAAAGAAAACAAAGUGAUAUGCACCAUGACUCAUUUUGUGUGUUUUGUGAAAUGUCAUGUGCAAAUAAAGUCCUGUACCAUUGAAGUGAUUUCGAUGUUGGUUAUUCCCACGUGACAUGAAUGCAGCAUCAUUCUGACAUGUCAUGCUUGCGUUUUCCUCAUGUAGGGUUUGGGACUUAACAGACUGAAGAGGGAAAACAACUUUGAAUUGAAUUCUUUUAAACAUAACUUUUUCCGACUGUUGUUUUUUUUUCUUUUUGUUGUUUUUUUGCGAAGGUGCUACAUUUGUGUGUCGGUCAUCUGUCGAGUUUACACACCGCCAUGUUGGCGCUGGAGCUCCCCGUCACUUUUCACUGCUGUUCGAUGUCACAGCUUCACCUUUGCAGCUGUCGUGUGGUGGACGUGUAGUCAAGUCAAAGCUCGCCUUGCUCGCAUUUUACAGUCAAGCCUCUGGUGUGUACUGCUUGCCUUGAAAUCGAGGAGUUUGCACCUGCAGCGUUGUUCCUGUAAUGACUUCUAACAGUGUUAUCUGGAGAUUAUUUCAGUGUCGGUACUCUGCCUGCCUGUCUGUCUGUCUGUCUGUCUGUGUUUUUGGUUGUCGUGUAGCAAAGAACUGUUGCUGUUUGACUAUUAAGGAAGCUAAAUUGUGGCUUGACACAGCUUUUAUUUUUGAAUGUAGAUCACACACCCGGCCCUUAUUUAUCUAAGGGGACUAAACUACACCAAACAUGGUAUGUUGUCUGUAAAAAAAAAAAACAAAAAACAAAGAAACAGGGCUAACUAUUCUGAAAGUAAGUACUCUGAAAGAAAGGAAAAUACAAAUGAAUCUAUAAUAAUAUAUGACUUGGAGCCCAUUCAGUCAGUCAGAGUGCUUGUAUGUUAUAAGGAGAUUAGUCUGUUGACUGUAGUUCAUGUAUUUAUAUGGACUGUUAGCUUGACCAACGCUUGUGUGUAGGAAAGAAUGCAUGUGGAGUGUGUGGGUCUAUUUCUGCUCUGACAGGUGUGUUAACUGUUGCUACCCUAUUAGCAUUGGAGGUGUGAGCUUCUUAUUAGUGUUACAUUACAGCUAUGACUUGAUGUUUUACACACUCCUUUUUCUUUUCUCUCAUUUAAUAUUUGUGAAACAUAUAGAAACUAAAAUGUUGCUGAAUUUUUUUUUUUUUAAUACUUUGGUGAAAACGCCUCGGUUUCUUUAGGAAACCAAGGUGUUAAGAGGUGUGUGUGUGUCUGGUGAUAAAUGUAUUAACCAUUGCUAUUAGCUUUUCAGGCUUGUCUGUCGCCGUUUGUCGCUCUAUUAAAUCUUAAGUGCUGUGUAGCUCAGUCUUAACACUUGACUGUCAGUGUGUAAAAUGGAAGGAUCAGCCACCCUAACAUUCAGUUUUGCAUUUUCUUUGACAAGAAAAUCAGUUUCUGUGGUGCCUCAGUGGUUGUAAAACAUGUCUCUGUGUCCCACGAGUCUUGAGCUGGAUCACCAAGUGAGAAAGUGGACAACUGCCCCUCAACACACAACACGACUGAAGACUCCAGGUUUCACUGUGCAGCAGUUGAUCUGUUAACAUUUAUUCAACUGCCUGUGUGUUUGUUGCUACUAUGUGCACCAGUAAAUCACAUUAUAAAUUGAAAUGAUCUGGUCUGUAAGGCAACAGCUGCUUUGUUGCUAAUGUCAGCGUAGGUUUAAAGCCUUUGUAUUUUCAGUUUAUGUUGUGCUUACGUGGUGCUGUAGGGAGUAACAGGGGUUUUAUUAGGGGACCUUUUGAGGUUGCUUCAGCCCUGCACCAACAGAUGAAUGCUGCUGACAAAUCAUACUAAUGUUAAUCACUUGUGGAUUGGAACUAGUCUGUUUACCUUCAGGUGACCCCCCCACCCCCCCUUGUUCAUGAUAUGAGCGGGGAACACACUUGUGUAUUCACAUGGCCCUUUUCUUUCUGUGUGGCCAGUAUUGUCUGUUGUCUUUGUCUUGAAGAAGCUGCAUUUUUAAUUUACGGGGCCUGGCUAUAGUAAGUUAAUGGAUCAGGCCGCGUUACGAGCAGAAACUUCAAUCAAAAUCCCACUUUAAAUUAAAGUCACACUUUAAUAAACGGUGCACUCCAGCUUCUUCAAACAGAUACACUUAGAUCUUGUAGGAUGUAAUAAUCCUGGUUACAGUUAGAUGGUUAAAAAAAAGGAUUUAUUACAUCAUUUAUGCUUUUUAUGUGUUGCUACAGGCUUCUGUUUUAGUUGCGAAGCCUUGAGAAAUGUUUCUCUCUUGGAGGAUAUCAUUGGAGCUUGAACGUUAGCUCGUGGAAGCAGCACUGUGAAGCACAUGAUGCACUGCCAUUAACUCAGAAAGCUUAUCUGUCCCACUUUAGAGGAUUGGAGAUUGUAAAAAGGCUCUGUCAGUUUAGCUAUUUUUUACUACUGGUAUUUUAAAUUCAUUUGUCUUGGGGGGGGGCUUGUUAACAUUAUUGAGUUACCAUUAAAUAAAGAUUUGAUCAUCUAA